CCCUGUGGGGCCGGUGAAAUCAUUGUCAUUACGGCUUCGGCCCGGACCCGUUAAAUGGGGUCUCAGGUGCCAUUGGAACCCCGGGGCCGUGACUCAGGCCCCGUGUUCAGUGGAGUUGCUCCUGAAAUUAUCGAGGACACACUGAUCCACUUGGCCACGGAGAAUGAGCAGUACCUGAGCGAGCUGCCAGAGCAGGCUGGGUGCUUCAAAGAGACACGGAUCGUAGAAUUUAUAUUCCUUUUGUCUGAAAAAUGGCACUUGAACCACUCAACACGGUACCAGGCAGUGGAGUUACUUGAAAGGUUUAUGAUCAAGCAAGUAGAACAGAUGUGUGAUGACAGAGGGAACACUAAAGGCCGUGGCCAAGGCCAGAAGAGCAGCUGGAGCUCUGUGAGGGAUCAGAUAGUCAACACCUUUGUCCUGCGACUCGUGUCGUGUGUUCAGCUCGCCAGCAAACUCUCUCUGCACUACAGUAGAGUGACCAGUGACACAGCUUUAAAAUUUCUGCAAUCCUUAAAAUACUCCUACACUAAACAGGAAUUGCUGGAGUCGGAGCUUGCUGUUUUAAACACUCUGCACUACCAGAUCAAUGUGUCAACUCCGUUGGCCUACGUGGAAUUGCUUCUGGAGGUUCUAGGAUACAAUGGCUGCUUGCUUCCUGACAAACCCUUACACCAGCUGUGUGUGCAGCUGCUGGACUUCUGCUACCUGACCAGAGAGACCAUCUACGACACUUUGCUGAAGAUUGCCAUCGACAACUCCACACCAAGCGAGCUGCAGAUAGCCAAGUUUUUAACAGUGAAGGAAGAUUUCAUGCUCUUGGCUGUUGGAGUCAUCAGCACAGGUGUGUUCAUCCUGAGCCUCAGGCACUGGGAUCAGGUUGUGGAGCAUUUAAACUGCAUCACUGGCAUUACUUCACAAAGUAUCCUGGAGUUCUCCUACGCCGUGGUGAAGCGCAUAGUUGGCAGCACCACACCUGAGCAGCACCAUGGGAACUGUGGAACCAAAUCUCCUGAGGACAGAAUUCUGCCUCAGACGUAGAACCACCCUGUCCAUCCAGUCACUGGCCCAGAGCAGGAACUGUCACGCUGCUGACAACAGUCCCUCCUCUGUGACACUGCCCAGGCACCCAGCACGGCUCAGGGUUACCUGAAUUCUGGAACAGCCUGUCAGUCACGUGUUAAUUAGCAAGGCUUGUCCUGCUAGGCAUCACACUCAUGCUCUGAAGAGAGACCCAACAGCACCACAGUGUUCAGAAAUGUCCUAAAAGCUUUACUGUAAGAGCUGCAUCUUUUAAGUUUUGAAUCUAAGUUUCCUUUGACCAAAGAGACCCCUCAGAGUAGUUGUGUUUGAGAAGUGCUGCCCUGCCUGGCUCUCAGCUGGGACAGGGAUUGCUGGCACCAGCUCUCACACCUGUGUUACAAAUGGGGCUGCGCUGUCUCCUCUUGCUGCUUUUAUAAAACCCCUGUCUCAGCUGCCUGUGAUUGUCCCCUCUGUGCCAGCACCUGGAGCCUGUUUGCUCCUGCCCUCCCACAGCCAGCAGUGACCAGCGCUGUGAUGAGGACACUGGGGCCAGUGCUGUGCCUGUCACCACAGCAGUGCCCAGCCUGUGUGUCCUGAGUGCCAGAGCUUUGUGCUGUGGGAGGCACUGCUGGCUGGAAACACCUGGAGUGUGGAGUAUUUCAUUGUUCCCUCACUGCAGCCCUGUGCAGGAACAGGCU